GCGAUCGCAGCGCCACCACUCACGUUGACAGGCUUCGAGGCUGCGGUGUAAAACGUCAAAAUUUGCUAGUGAAAAACUAGAGAAAAUCCAGGAAAAUGCCAGAAUUAGGAGCCCCCGUGCGUGUGUCGCCCCUCAUAAAGUUUGGCCGCUGGUCCUUCCUCACAGUGGGCAUCGCCUAUGGCGCGUAUCACCAGAGCCGGCUGUCCAAGAAGGCGGCCAAGGAGAGGGAGAUCGAGGCGAAGGCCAAGGCGAUCAGAGACGUGAAAUUGGCCGAGGAGAAGAAGAUUGCUUUAGCUGCGGAACUCAAAACGCUUGAGGAAAUGGCGACUUCCAAGAAGUAGGAAGGUAAUAGUUUAUUGGAUGAAUGAUGUAAGAAACACCCUGUAAGGUAAUAAAUUCACCUCUUAUUGUCA